CUAGCCCUGAGCGGCUUCCCUGGAGACCGGGCGGAAGCGGUCGGAAGCUGCCCUGCGGCUGGCCGCUGGGGCGGGACGCAGAAGCAGGGGGUGGAGCCCGAGGAGGAAGGCGACCGAGACGAGGAAGAGGACGCGGGUCGGGCCAUGGAGCGGGCCGAGGCGGGGUCAACCGGCAGCUCCCCGGGUGCGCUGGGGCAUGCGGAGGCCGGUGGCCUCCCUUGGUUCCAUGAUCAAGUGGUGCCAGCAGGAAGUUCUUCAUCUAGAGUCAUAGUACACGUGGAUCUGGAUUGCUUUUACGCACAAGUAGAAAUGAUCUCAAAUCCAGAACUAAAGAGCAAACCUUUAGGGGUUCAGCAGAAGUAUUUGGUGGUUACCUGCAACUAUGAAGCUAGGAAACUUGGAGUUAAGAAACUUAUGAAUGUCAGAGAUGCAAAAGAAAAGUGUCCACAGCUAGUAUUAGUUAAUGGAGAAGACUUGACUCGUUACAGAGAGAUGUCAUAUAAGGUUACAGAGUUGUUGGAAGAAUUUAGUCCAGUUGUUGAGAGACUCGGGUUUGAUGAAAAUUUUGUGGAUCUAACAGAAAUGGUUGAGAAGAGACUAGAGCAGCUUCAAAGUGAUGAACCCUCAGCACUGACUGUGUCGGGUCAUGUAUACGGUCAUCAGCCUAUAAACCUGCAUGACAUCGUGCACAUCAGACUACUUAUUGGAUCUCAGAUUGCAGCUGAGAUGCGGGAAGCCAUGUAUAAUCAGUUGGGUCUCACAGGCUGUGCUGGAGUGGCUUCUAAUAAAUUAUUGGCAAAAUUAGUGUCUGGCAUCUUUAAACCAAAUCAGCAAACACUCUUACUACCUGAAAGUUCUCAAGAUCUCAUUCAUAGUUUGAACCACAUAAAGGAAAUGCCUGGUAUUGGCUAUAAAACUACCAAACGCCUGGAAGCACUGGGUAUCAGUAGUGUACGUGAUCUUCAAACCUUUCCAUCCAAAAUAUUAGAAAAGGAAUUAGGAAUUUCAGUUGCUCAGCGUAUCCAGAAGCUCAGUUUUGGAGAGGAUAACUGUCCUGUGACACCCUCAGGACCUCCUCAGUCCUUUAGUGAGGAAGAUUCAUUUAAAAAAUGUUCAUCAGAAGUUGAAGCUAAAAAUAAGAUUGAAGAACUACUUGCUAGUCUUUUGAACAGAGUCUGCCAAGAUGGAAGGAAGCCACAUACAAUAAGAUUAAUAAUCCGUCGGUAUUCAUCUGAGAAGCACUAUAGCCGUGAGAGUCGUCAGUGCCCAAUUCCAUCCCACAUAAUUCAGAAAUUAGGGAUAGGAAAUUAUGAUGUGAUGACCCCAAUGGUUGAUGUACUUAUGAAACUUUUUCGAAAUAUGGUGAAUGUGAAGAUGCCAUUUCAUCUUACCCUUUUAAGUGUGUGCUUCUGCAACCUUAAAGCCCUAAAUACUGCUAAGAAAGGGACUAUUGAUUAUUAUUUAACACCAUCAUUAUCAACAACUUCACGCUCUGGCAAGCACAGUUUUAAAAUGAAAGACACUCAUAUGGAGGAUUUUUCUAAAGACAAGGAAACAAAUUGGGAUUUUCUACCAACUGGAAGAAUUGAAAGUACAAGAACUGGGGAGUCUCCACCAGAUACUACAAGUUUUUCUAAAGAAAAAGACAAUAAUGAAUUUCCACUCUCCUCACUUCCUGAGGGUAUUGACCAAGAGGUCUUUAAGCAGCUUCCAGUAGAAAUUCAAGAAGAAAUCCUUUCUGGAAAGUCUACAGAAAAAGUUCAAGGGAAAGGAAGUUUGAGUUGUCCAUUACAUGCUUCUAGAGGAGUAUUAUCUUUCUUUUCUACAAAACAAAUGCAAGAUGGUUCCUUAAAUCCUAGGGAUCAUUUAUCCAAUACCAAACAGAUAUCCUCUGUAUCUCCCUGUGAACCAGGAACAUCAGGCUUAAAUAGCAGUAGUUCCUCUUAUACGUCUAACCAAAAGGAUUAUUCACAUUAUAUAGACAGUAGCUUAAAAGAUGAGCUAAUGAGUCAAGGACCUAAAGAGUCUCAAGGAUUCCACUUUUCAAAAACAGACCCUGCUGUAUCUGUUUUCCAUUCAUUUCCAGAUUUGCAGAGUGAGCAACUUUUCUCCAAAAACUUCACUUCAGACAACCAUAAACAACCGAUGGCAACAGUCUUUAUUCAUGAAAGACUUACAGAAAAUAGAGAGCAAGAUUCUACCAAAGAGAAAAUUACUUUUCCUUCUGACAUUGAUCCUGAAGUUUUCUAUGAACUACCAGAAGAGGUACAAAAAGAACUGUUGGCUGGUUGGAAGAGAACAGGAUCAGACUUCCAAACUGUCUUUGAACCAAGAGAAGCUGCAUCUGGACCUGAUAUAUAUCACAAAGUUCUACACUUGAAGUCUGAUACUGUGAUUGUAUGAGACCUCUGGGGGUCUUGGGAAUGAAUGCUAGAAUACCUUCAGAUGCCAGGCCUGGCCGUGUGUUCCACUCUUGGCUAAUGAAGAUGUGAACAUCUUGGAUUGAACGUGGAGGUUUCCAAAAAGGCUACGUACCAGGAUGAAAUCAGCUAAAAUGUCUUUUAGCUUUUACCCUUCUUUGUCCUGCCUGGAACCCUGGGACAGUGCCACUGGGACAGAAAGACAGAAGCUACAAUCAAAGCAGAAUUGAGUGACGUAAAGAGCCACCCCGGACUCUGGAUCCUAUCGAACCUUCCAUCUCAGCAGGCAGCCUCCUAGUUGAGGUGUAAUGCGAGGACUGGUGG